AUGAAGGGUCGACCCGACUUGGUCACAGCCGUGCGUUUCACUUACGAGAAACAUAAGCCAUCGGAAGCAGAUGUAUUUUCAAAAGUCCGGAAUGAGCUGUUAUCACAUAGAGGUUCACUUCCUCCUGGCCUACAUGGUCACUUGAGACCUUCGUUGGUAACACACCCCGAACUUAAAUUCGGGGACGUCGCCGAAGAUAUGGCAUGUGAAUCAAAGGGCUAUUUGGAAGAUCAUCCCGAUACAUCUUCCCAGGGGCGUCUGAUAAGGACUGUCGAAUCCUUGACUUUAACGCUCAUAUUCUCUGAAGGUAGCGAAGGAGUCAUCAACUUGCUCAACGGCGCUGGGUCCCGAAGACAGAUUGAUUCACUUGAAUGGGCCACUGCCACCGCAGUCUUUCUGGACGACCUACCUACCGCAAAAGCACUUCUCCCGACGUACGCCCGAAUUCAACCGGAUGAGGGUCCAGAGUUGGUGUUGAGAGGUAAUGGCGAAGACUCUGAAGAUUUUGCACGUACCUAUAUGUCUGAUGUUCUCUGUCUGGCUAUUAAGAAAUGUAGCUACGAGAUGAUUUCACUCGUGCUGGAGAACAAAGCUGAUGUUAACGUCGACAGACCAGAGCCGCCCCACGAGACACCAUUGCAAGUCGCUUGUCAGCGAGGCUCGCUCCGACUUGUCCAGCUGAUUCUGAAUCCUCGUUGGGAAUUGAAUGACGCCUGUGGCGAUGACCCGACGCCGCAAUACCUUUUGGCAAUCUCAUACGCAGCGCAAUGCCGUUGCAGUCACGGUGGCACUCAGCAGUGUCAUGAACGUAUGGCUAUCAUUAGCCUCCUGAUAAAUCGAAGAUCUAUCCCUGACAUCCGAACCCUGAGGCAACACGUGUUUGCGGAAGCAUGCACGUGGGACUGCCCAAACAUUGCUCGCAUGAUGCUCGAAGCAGGUGCAAGCCUUGACGCCAGAGGACCGCAGUAUACUUCAGCUUUAAUUCUCGCCGCCUCUCACGGACAUGUGGAGCUAAUGGAGUACUUGCUCGAGCGAGGCGCAACUCAUCUUUAA